UUGCAAAUGAGUCUGAGACUCAUAAAAUACCAUGUCUGCCAUGUGUUCUCUACAGUGAAGAUCUGAACAUCGGCUUUGCUCCAGAGCCCCUCCCUGAGCAGAGAAGGAUGAGCUCUAUGAUCCUGCUGUGCCUUUCAUUGGCCCUCUUCAUCCAGAGUGGAGCCUUGCAACCUGUGCCUGUCCAGCCACCUCAGGUCUUACAUGCCGAGGGCUCCACUGCUGUCCUGCAGUGCCCUCUGCAAAGUGGCAAGAUCCAGAACUACCAUGUCUUCUGGUUCCAGCAAAAGCCAAGCAAAAGCCCGGCCUUCAUCCUGAAGCAUAGCAACAAUGGGCAGAUAGAACGAUCCUCUUCGUUUGAUGCACGUUUUGUGCCCAUCCGGGAUGCCGUCACCAAUGCCUACAUCUUGCAGAUCCAGAAGGUGAAAACAGAUGAAAGCGCCACCUACUUCUGUUUAGCAGAGGGAAAUUAUUUCCAGAUAGCGGUCUCAGGGAGUGGAACACGGCUCAUCAUCACAGGAGGACAAUCAGCAAAAGUGCCAUCAUCGGUCAUCAUAUUGUCUGAUGUUUCCCAGAAACCAGAAUCUCCUGAUGUCCAUGCCUUAUGCAUAGUUGAGGACUUCUACCCAGGCUUAUUAGAGAUCAAGUGGAGUGCAGCUGGGAAGGAUAUAACUGAGGGAGUGACCUCUGGACAAGUGACCUUGAAUGAGGAUGGCACCUACACCACCUCCAGCAUCCUUAAUGUAUCACGCAAUUUCUUUAACUCUGCCACCCCUUUUCAGUGCUCUGUGAGUCAUGAAUCUUCUGGGGCCAAGAUUGAACGGCACCUGGAAUGGUGCAUGAAGAAGUAAAUGGUUUCACCUCAAUGCCUUCCUUUUAUUUCCCCUCAAGGUUCUCUGCAGAAUAUGUCCUGCUCCAUGCUUUGGCUUCACCCUCAGUAAAACUAUAUUCAUGCCUUA